UAUUACAUUUGCACUCACAAAAAAGUGUUUUAAGACGGCUCGCAUUGAAUAAUUAUUAUUCUCAGUUGAAGUCAAUUAGUGGUUAUCAUUCAACCUCUCACAGAAAUUAGAGAAAUUAUGAAAACAAUUUCCUUAUAUUCUAAAUAUUAUCUAUAAUAAUAUGAAAAUUUUGACAUUUGUAUUUUUCAUCGGGCUAUCUAAGUAUGGAGUUGAAAGUAAGAAAAAGUUUGAUAUAUUGAACACAGGAAGAUAUUUAAAACUAUCGGAACAAUACGAGUUUCUAAAAGAAAUCAGUGAAUUAGCUGAGGACACAGUACAGCUAGAGGUUAUAGGGAAUACAUACAUCGAGGGGAAAGAUUAUCAAAAUGAUAUUUACUUGGUGACCAUUGGGAACAAUUCAGAUUAUGUUGUUUUCUUUGAUUGUGGAAACCAUGCCAGGGAAUGGAUUAGCAGUGCUGUUUGUCUUUAUCUUAUUCAGGAGUUAGCAUCAGUGUUUGAAAAUGCAGAUGAACAUUCUGAGAAUGUAAUGCUUAACUAUCAAUGGCAGUUUAUCCCUGUUCUGAAUCCUGAUGGUUAUCAUCUUUCACAUGUCAAAGACCGAAUGCAGAGGAAAAAUGGCCGUCCUGUCUCCUCGAUGAAUUUGACCCAGGAGCAAAAUGAUGCUUGCAGAUGUGAUGUUCACCCAGACGAGUGCAGUGGGGUGGAUUUGAACAGAAAUUUUCCUGGUGGUUUUGGUAAAGGUAACCAGAGGUUUGUGAGAGAGAGUAAUCUACCCUGUUUUGAAAUGUAUCGUGGAGCUCAUGCUCUGUCAGAGCCUGAAACUUUAGCUCUUGAUAAACACAUCAGUUCCCUGGAUGAUAAAGUUCUUGCAGCAAUAUCCAUUCAUUCUUACGGGAAGGAGAUUUAUUAUCCACAGGGCUGGUUACCAGAUGAUCACAAAAAUCAGAUUAAAGGGGAGAAUAAAACUCUUCUAACAGAUUUUGCUGAUGCUUUCAACGAGAAACUAAAAUUUGUGGUUGGUAAUGCGGCAAAACUAUUGGGAGAGGAGGAGCUAGAGGGAGGUGGAAGUGAUGAUUACUAUUAUAUGACUAAGAAUAUAAAUCUAACAUACACCAUUGAGCUGGAUCCCCAUGUAGAUGACUAUGCUACUUCUUUCGAGCUCUCCCCUACGGAGAUACCAGACGUAGGUGCCAAGGUAUGGAAUGCUAUAAAGUUAAUGGCAGAAAAACUGGAAGAACUGUAUCCGCAAUAAAUGCGCCAUUAUUUUUUUAAUCUAAAUCUGAAAAAAAAAUUCCAAACCAAAUACAAAUUUUAUAAAUGCA